AUGGCUAAGAAAGGUCUGGUAACAACUACCUCGUUAAGUGAAGAUGACGGGGAGCUGACAGCCAAGGAUCUACUGUCCUUUGCUUUGCAUACAGCUCGGGGAAUGCAGCACCUGGAAGCUAACAGUAUUGUGCAUCGUGACGUCGCUGCAAGAAUUGUGCUGGUUGGCUACAACUGUGUGUGCAAGAUCUCGGACUUCGGUCUCGCGAGAGAUGUGGAGGGUGUGGACGUGUACGAGAGGACGUCUAAAGGGCCGCUCCCUGACCGAUGGAUGUCCCCAAAAGCCUUGAUCGAGGGGUUUCACAGUCACAAGGCAGACGUCUGGGCCUUCGGGGUGCUCCUACCAACAUCUUAUACAACCGGGAACAACUCGAAGACAGCUUUGACAUCUCAACCAAAACGGAAACGUAUUCCCAGUGAUCCAGAGCCAGUGUGCAUCAUACGUGUACCUGGCUUGAAGUAUGGCCCACUACAACAUCUGAGCAAAGCCAAAGAUCCUGAAGAGAAGAUGGAAAAGCUGAAGGAGCGAUCAAAAAGCCGAGAAGGAUGGCAGAACCUCCAGUAA